AUGGCAUUUAUUUCACCGGGCAUAAACUGGGCAAUGGUGAGUGAGGAAGAAGGUGAUUUCUUUGCCUUGUUUACGUUUGUUGACUCAAAGGAGAAAAGGAUGGAAGCUCUAAAGAUUUGUUUCAAGUUUGCAGACGAUGAAAAUGACAAUGCUCGGUAUAAGGUUGUUUUGUCUGAUGCCAUGCACAUGCAAUUGGCAAUACUCCCACCUAAGUAUAGUGGUUUGCUACUUUCAGAGACAUUAAAGAUUGGCACUAUCCUAUCAUUGACAACUUAUGCUUGUAGAAAUGUUUGGAACUCGAGGUAUGGCCCUCUAUAUGUUAUGCUGCAUGAAUCUUCUGUUAAUAUCAGCCCGAUUAAAGCCUUGAACCCCUUUCAAAAUAAAUGGAUGAUAAAGCGGCAUGUGACAAACAAGAGGAAGAUGCAUCAGUACAAUACACCAAAGUCCACUGGCCAAGUAUUUAGCUUUGACAUGAUAGAUGAUGAAGGUAUUGAAAUUAGAAUAACUUGCUUUGGUGAUGUAGCAGAAAUGCAUUAUCAUAGGGUUGAACCAGGAACAUAUUAUACUGUGUCAAAAGGUUGCGUUAAAGAAGCUAACACUAAAUGGAAUAAGCUUAACAACCAUCUUGAGAUAACUUUGGAGAACAAUUCAAUAUUGAAGCGUUGUGAUGCUGUUGUUGAAAGUGAAGCAAAUAAUUCUCAAUUCACACCAAUCAAUAAAAUUACAUACUGCACCAACAACACUUUAGUUGAUGUUAUUGGUAUUGUAGUUGCUAUUGGAGAACCCUCAUUAAUUCGCAGGAAGGAUGGAAGCGAAGUAACAAAGAGAGCUAUAAAAAUAAAUGAUGCCUCAAGUUUUAUUAUCGAUGUUAACUUAUGGGGAGCAACAUGGCAAGAGCUAGGUGAAGAUUUGAAGAACAUGCACACAACCCAAACAGCUGUUGUGCUUGCAGUCAGAAAUGCUCAUGUUGGUUAUUUCAAUGGAAAGGUGAUCAACACAACCACAACAACAACUCUAAAUAUAAACCCUUCUAUACCUGAAACAGAGACACUUAUGUCAAGAGGAAAGAUUCCAGAUGCCCUCUUACCGCUAUCGUGUGUUGCUUGGUAG